GUCUUUCUGAUGGCGGUGGUUUGGCGGCUUUUGCUGCCGUCUGCAGGUCCCGAGGCUCUAGGUCACUCGGUGGAGCGGAGCUUAGAGAAACUGGAAGGAGCCCGAGCGGGCGCCGUCCACACUGCCCAGGAGUGAGCGGGUUGCGGAACCCGCUUCCGGGAUUUUCGGCCUAGGUCUCCGCCAUUAUCCUGCGCGUCUCCUGGCACCACCGCGCCCACAGGGUCCUAUGUCAACCAACGCGGUGCAGGACCCGGCCCAGAAUCAUCAGGGAAUUGCAAUUGGGGUGUGCAACCAAGGUGAGCUAAGACUUUUAUAGAGAUUAAAGAAGGAAGUUAGAAGGGCUGUAGUCACCAAAGAGUCCAUCGCUUUUCAUUGUCCAAGUCCUUCCCAGGAAAGAAGAGAGUCUUCUUCCUUUUGGAUACUGUUAUUGUCUCAGAGCAUCUGGGAAGACUUGAGACCAGACUGAUGUGAGAAGUCAGUUUUAGGGAGAGAUUAAAAGCUGGAUUCGGGACAUGCUGUUUCUGAGAUCCCAAAGUUGAGGUUCCCAUGGUGGCAGCAGCAUUUAUGGUCCCUGGACAGGGCCAUGUGGUCUUUGAGGAUGUGGCUGUGUCCUUCUCCCAGGAGGAGUGGGGUCUCCUUAACGAUGCUCAGAGACUCCUGUACUGUGACGUGAUGCUGGAGAACCUGUCACUUAUAGCCUCCCUGGGGUGUUGGAGUGCAUUAGGUACUGAGGAGGCCGCUUCUGAACAAUGUGUUUCUGUAGAACAAGUGACACAAGACAGGAAUCCAAAUCCAGACCUAUCUAUCCUGAAGACUCUUACUUCAGAUAUGGGUGCCCUGGUAGAGAAAUAUGUUUUGUACCUGGCUGAGCACCAAGGAGUGCAUCCUGGGCUGAAACCGUCCUCUUCUGGGGCUUGUGGGAAAAUGUUCACUUCUCACCUACAACAGCAACAGAAGCAGCCCAGUGGAGAGAAACACCUCAGAAGGGAAGAAAAUGGGGCCUUGCUUGUGACGAGCUGCAAAGUCUUUUUACCCGACAAUAUGUUCACAUGUGGAGAGAUUGAGAAGGCUUUCUUAGGCAGCUUGGGCUUUCCCCAGCACCAGCCCUCCCACGAUGGACAGCAUCCAGGUAGAAGCAGGGAGAGCAGGGAGGUCUCUCGCCCUGGACAAGGGCAUUAUGAGUGCAGUGAAUGUGGAAAAGCCUUCAGUAAAAAGUAUAAAUUCACGGAGCACCUGAGAGUUCACACUGGAGAAAAACCUUAUGGGUGCAGCGAGUGCGGCAAAUUCUUCAGACUCAGGGGAGGUCUUUCUCAUCAUCGUAGAGUUCAUACGGGAGAAAAGCCUUUUGAUUGUGGUAAAUGUGGGAAAGUCUUCAUCUACAAAUGUAAACUUGUUCAGCACCAAAGAGUCCACACUGGAGAAAGACCCUAUGAGUGUAAUGAAUGUGGGAAAGCCUAUGCCCGCAAGGAUUCACUUGUCCAGCACCAAAAGGUCCACACUGGAGAGAAACCUCAUAAAUGCAGUGAAUGUGGGAAGCUCUUCCUUUACAGAAAUAAACUUCUUGUGCACCAGAGGAUCCAUACUGGAGAAAAGCCUUUUAAGUGUACCGAAUGUGGGAAGUCCUUCAGUUAUAAAACCAGUCUUAUUAUCCACCAGAGAACCCAUACUGGAGAAAGGCCUCAUAUGUGCAGUGAGUGUGGGAAAGCCUAUGUCAAUAAAAAAAGUCUUAUUGUACACCAGAGAAUUCACAAUGGAGAAAAAGUUUAUGGGUGUAAGAAAUGUGGGAACUUCUUUAUAAGCGGCUUUGCCCUCAAUAAACACCAGAGUGUUCACACUGCACAAAGGCAUUAUGAGUGCAGUGAAUGUGGGAAAGCUUUCAAGAGGAAAAUCAGACUUGCUGAGCACAAGAGAAUCCACACUGGAGAAAGACCCUAUGAGUGUAAUGAAUGUGGGAAAGCCUUCAAGUUGAAGAAUACACUUGUUAGCCACCGAAAUGUCCACACUAGAGCAAAGCCUUUUCAGUGCAGUGAAUGUGGGAAGCCCUACAGUAACAAAACAAGUCUUGUUGUCCACCAGAGAAUCCACACUGGAGUAAAGCCUUUUCAGUGCAAUGAAUGUGGGAAGCCUUACAGUUACAGAACAAGUCUUAUUGUCCACCAGAGAAUCCACACUGGAGAAAGGCCUUAUGAGUGUAGUUCUUUGUAUGUAGCUCCAAGCUCAUAAAAAAGAGGAAAGUUCACACUGGAGAAAUGUCUUCUGGACUUAUGUGUUCCUUCACUUGAGUUAAUAUCUAGCACCACAACUCCUGUGUUGUAGAGUAGGUGAACGUUUAACUUAUGUGGGGUCAGUCAAACUUUUUUGUGUGUGUGUGGUACACGGCCCUCUCACUGUUGUGGCCUCUCCCGUUGCGGAGCACAGACUCCGGAUUCUCAGGCUCAGUGGCCAUGGCACACGGGCCCAGCCACUAAGCGGCAUGUGGGAUCCUCCUGUACAGGGGCACGAACCCGUGUCUCCUGCAUCGGCAGGCAGACUCCCAACCACUGCGCCACCAGGGAAGCCCCAGUCAAACUUUUUAAAGUGGUAGUAUCCUUUUACAGUCUUGCCAGAAACACCAGAACCCAAGUUCCCAUUCUUUCCAUUCUUACCAACACUUGGUAUGUGCAGGGUUUCUAAUUUUUGUGACAUCGUAGGUGUAUAGUGGUAUCAAGUGAUUUUAAUUUGCAUUUCCCUAAUGACAUGAUGCUGAGUGGUCUUCCAUGUGUUAAUUUCCAGCCAUAUAUUGUUAUUGAAAUUUCUAUUCAUUUGAUUUGUUGUUCUAAUUACUGAGUUUUGACAUUUCUUCAUGAAUUAUUGAUUAAGGUCCUCUAAUGGAAAUACUUAGCAAUACUUUCUUCCAGAAUUGGUCUUGUCUUUUCAAUUACUUUUCCAGAGAAAAAGUUCUUAAUUUUAGUGUAGUCUAAUUUGUCCAUUCUUAUACUUUUUCCCGCUUCCUCCUGUAACUUUUAUGGUUUAGGGUUUUUAUUGAUGCAAAGGAAUCAUUUUCAAUUAAUUGUGGGAGUUAUUUUUUAAAAUAUAGACACCCAAUUGCUGCAGUGAUACUGAUUUAAAAGAUGAUACCUUUUCCGCUGAAUUGCUUUAGUAUCUUCAUCAAAGGUCAAUCAUUUUUGUAUAUGUUUAUUUCUGGAAUUUCUAUUCUGUUGCAUUUAUCUACUUUAUUUAUGCCAGUAUUUUCAUGUAUUAACUAAUUUGUUUUUAUAGUAUGUCUUGAAAUCAAGGUUGUAUACUCCUUUGACUUUCUUUUUUUCAGUCAUUAUAGCCUUUCUUGGUUCUUUGCUUUUCCAUAUGAAGUUUAGAAUUCACUUUUCAGCUUAUACAGCACAAAAAGUCCUACUAGGAGUUUCACUGGGCUUGCAUUUAGUCUUCAAUUUAUUUUUAUUUUUAUUUUUUGGCUGUUCCGUGCAGCUUAUGGGAUCUUAGUUGCCUGAUCAGCAAUUGAACCCAGGCCAGGGCAGUGAAAGCGCCGAGUCCUAACCACUGGACCUCCAGGGAAUUCUCCUAAUCUUUAAUUUAGAAAGAAAUACUGAGUGUCCCAAUCCAUAAACAUGAUACAUCUCCUUUUAUGUAGAUCUUAUUUAAUUUUGGAUGGAAAUGUUUUUAGACUUCUUUUUAUAGGUCUUGCAUAUGUAUUUUCUAAAUCUAAUAAUAUUGUGAAUGAGAAUUUAAAAAUUUUUCUUUGUGAAAUGUUCAGUGCUAGUACACUAAGAGAGAUAUCAAACUAUGGAUAGAAGUGAGCCUUCUUAAUCCUACAACAUCUAGAAAGAGUUAUUAGAAAUACUAUACCUUUGAACCAUUAUUAAACUAUUGCCAUUAGAAUAAAAGGAGGGCAGCUGCUCAUUGUUCUCUUAUUCAGUAUCAUCCUGGAGUUCCAAUUUCAUUCAAUACGAAAAAAAAAA